AUGUUGCGAAUUUUCUUUACCUCAAAUGAAGUAACACAGUGUCCUGUUACUAGGUGUCAGCACCCCCCCCCCCAAGUUGUGACUGCUUCUUUUAAGGAAUGCACAGGGCUAACGUCCGAAAGUCAUUCGAUCACCACUCUUCAAGGCUCCACUCACUUCACUCUUUGCUACUGCCUUCCCUCUGAGACGCCAGCUCACUCCAAUCCAGUGCCCACUGACGUCCAGUGUCCGUUAACGUCCGGACACCGUUCCCGAACAAACGACCUCUGUCGUCUUACCAUCCACCGUUCGCAAAUAAAGACACGAUUUCCAUCGUCUACAACGGACCAUCUGCUUGUACGGUCGAUUGGCACUCACACCUCUCGGCCCGCUGCAACAAGUGGUGACCCCGACGUGAUAUAUGGACACAGGCAAACGGCUAGCAGAGAAGAUGGCGGAACACACCGAAACAGAAAUCAACACAUCAGCCGCCCUGAUACAACUACCGCUAUACAACUCGAUCAACACCAGGAGUUGGACACUAAAUACGCCUCCGUAGUACAAGCCUUACCAGCAUCAAUCGUUGAAGAAGUGGAAAACAUCCUUCUCAAUACUCCGGACCAACUCCCAUACACCUGCCUCAAAGAAGCCAUCCUCAAACGAACUGGACGUUCGGACGAAGACCUCAUCAGAGACUUAUUCUCUAAUGUGUCUCUCGGCGAUAGGACACCAUCCCAGCUCCUCCGCCUGAUGAAGAGCCGCCUCGGGAACAACACCAUGGCAGAACCCAUCCUCCGAGGGCUAUGGAUGGAUCGGUUACCACCGAAUAUAACACAAGUUCUAGCCCUGGUACCAGUAGAGACGCUUCUUGACGUUGUGGCCGACUCAGCCGACAAAAUAUACUCCCAGGCUCACCAAAAAGUUCACCAGGUUGAGAGCCACGGAAACCACACACAACGCCUCGCAGAACGCCGGCGGAGUUCACGUCCGAUCACGGGACGGGAGACAGUGAAGAGCAUUAGUGCAUGUUCCACAACCCUCAGCAAUGAGGAUGAAAGAAACAAAAAUCAUCUAUCUAUCUAUCUAUCUAUCUAUCUAUCUAUCUAUCUAUUUCUUUACGCUUAUCCGUCGGGUGCUGCUAGAAGCGCCUGCCAAAGUAUGACACCUCGUCAUCCACCCGAAAUCAAACCUCAGAAAUCUUCUUCUCCAUAUGUUGUCUUCGUUGACGCUGUAAACACACAGUACGGUUCUUUUGUCAGGGUUUUUUGUCUUCUUUCUUUCUUUCUUGCUUUUUUCUUUCUUGCCCUUUUGUCUUUCUUUUUUCCUUCUUUCUUUUUUUCAUUAUUGUUUAUCUUUUUCUUUCUUUCUUUUUAUCUUUCUUUCUUUCUUUACCUUUUGUCUUUCUUUUUCUUUCUUUCUUUCUUUCUUUCUUUCUUUCUUUCUUUCUUUCUUGCCCUUUGUCUUUCUUUUUCUUUUUUUUCAUUCUUUCUUUUUUUCUUUCUUCGUGGCCCUUUUGUCUAUCUUUUUCUUUCUUUUUUUCUUUCUUUCUUUCUUUCUUUCUUUCCCUUUUGUCUAUCUUUUUCUUUCUUUCUUUUUAGCUGA